AUGCAGAAGAGAAGGAAGCCAGAGCCGAUUCAACUCAACCCCAUCCCCGAUGGAAACACUAUUAACGGCACCGGAGCCACUGAAACAAACUUGGAGGCACUGCAGAAGAAACUGGAGGAGCUGGAGUUGGAUGAGCAGCAGCGUAAACGCCUGGAAGCCUUUCUGACGCUGAAGCAGAAGGUGGGAGAGCUGAAGGACGAUGACUUUGAGAAGAUUUGUGAGCUGGGUGCAGGCAACGGAGGAGUUGUGUUCAAGGUCUCCCACCGACCCUCUGGUCUGAUUAUGGCAAGGAAGCUGAUCCACCUGGAGAUCAAACCUGCCAUCAGGAACCAGAUCAUUAGGGAGCUGCAGGUGCUACAUGAGUGUAACUCCCCCUACAUUGUGGGCUUCUAUGGAGCUUUCUACAGUGAUGGAGAAAUCAGCAUAUGCAUGGAGCAUAUGGAUGGUGGCUCCCUGGACCAGUCACUUAAGAAAGCAGGCAAGAUCCCAGAGGAGAUCCUUGGCAAAGUCAGCAUUGCUGUCAUUAAAGGUCUCUCCUACCUGAGGGAGAAACACAAGAUCAUGCACAGAGAUGUCAAGCCUUCUAAUAUCCUAGUGAACUCCCGUGGUGAGAUCAAGCUGUGUGACUUUGGAGUGAGCGGACAGCUCAUAGACUCCAUGGCCAACUCCUUUGUGGGCACACGCUCCUACAUGUCUCCAGAACGUUUACAGGGCACCCAUUACUCCGUUCAGUCGGACAUCUGGAGUAUGGGUCUAUCCCUGGUUGAAAUGGCCAUUGGACGUUUCCCUAUUCCACCCCCUGAUGCUAUGGAACUGGAACAGAUUUUUGGCUUUCCAGUGGAAGGGGAAGCAGCCGCCAGCGAGUCCUCCCCAAAGCCAAGGCCCCCUGGGCGGCCAGGCAGCUCAUAUGGACCAGACAGCAGGCCUCCGAUGGCUAUAUUCGAGCUACUUGAUUACAUAGUCAAUGAGCCUCCUCCAAAGCUGCCCGGGAUAUUUAGCUCUGACUUCCAAGAUUUUGUGAAUAAAUGUUUGAUCAAGAAUCCUGCAGAAAGAGCAGACUUGAAACAGUUGAUGGUGCAUCAUUUUAUUAAACAGUCUGAGGCAGAGCAGGUUGACUUUGCCGGCUGGUUGUGCAGCACCAUUGGACUCAACCAGCCUGUAACACCCACCCAUGGAACAGCAAUGUGAGACCUGUUC